ACGAUUUGGUGGUGGAAUGAACUCGCAUAUAUAAAGUGGUCAAGUCAUCUUGGUGGAAUUAAUUUGAUCGAGAGAUUCGUGACGAGCGCAUCUGGGUUGCUACUCUCUAGUUGUGCCGAAAGUAGCAUCUCUCUUUAAAGUUUCUCAUGGCUCUUAAGUUACGCGUUUUUCGCAAAACGCUCUGUGGCUUAUAUUUGGAAAUCAAGGAAUCGCGGACGAGGAAAAAUGACCCGUUACUAACUACUCAUUUUACUAACUGUAAUAUUGUAGUCUGCGAAAACCAAGGAAUUUUGAGCCUGUAAUGAAUUAUUUUGCAGCAUUUUCCAGCAGGAAAAUUUAAGGAACGAUCUUCGAUUUUAUGAAGUCAACUAACAAAUCCAGACAUACAUUUGUUUGCUUUGGAGAAAACUGAGUUUAUAUAUUUAGACAUGUAUUGUCGACAUCACCAUAGAAUGUAUUGACACGAUUUUACAAGCUGCGUUUGUAGCUGAUAUCUAAGGCAGAUGGAGGCCCAUUAUACAACCACCAUGAAUGACAUAGACUCUCCGACUGAGCUAAUCAACACAACUGACGGUCAUGAUAAGCCUGGCCCUGCCUAUGACAGCAAGUCGCGUAUCGCAGCUCUUUCCAUCGUGUUCGCCAUCGGACUGGUAGGAAACCUGCUCGUCUACGUCUGGCUCUACCAACAUCGCAAAGAACGUAAUCGAAUUCAAGUUUACAUGACAUCGUUGACGACCACCGAUGUUCUAGUUCUCUUCGUCAUCCUCAUCGAGCUUAUUCAGGAGUUGGAAGGCAGGGUGUGGCAUUCGAGCGAUGCGGCGUGUAGACUUUUUCGGCUCUAUGAGAGCCUAGCACUGAUGGCCAGUAGCAACAUGGUUGUAGGUAUCGCCAUAGACCGUUACCAUUCGGUCAUCAGAGCUCUGAAGAAACCCCUACCCGAGCUUUGGGUCAUCGGCAUAGCCUGGCUGGCAGCUCUCCUCUGUUCUUUACCCCAGCUGGCCGUGUUCAGGAAAGAUCACAUUACGAGCGGAACGCCAUUCUGCAUGACCGGUUUUCAAAAGCUGCCAAAAUGGCACAUAAAACUCUACGUGACCUACGUUUCCUUAGUUGCGUUCCUCAUUCCCUUUUUCAUCAUUUGUUACACCUACCUUCGUAUUCUCCUCCGCCUUUGGCUCGGAGGCGGUUCUUCCCUGUUCAAAAACAAGUCGAAGUGGCAGCGGACGUCGAGGUGGAGGACGCUUAAGAUGACCAUGGUCAUCAUCACCGCAUACGUCCUGUGCAACGUACCCUUUUUCAGUAUGCAACUCAUACGCGUCUACGUCAAUAUGGAGAACUUUAAUAUGGUAAUCUACGGAAUCUUCGCCAUCUUUGCCUCGUGCAACAGCGCCACGAACCCGUAUGUUUUCCUUUUCUUUAAUGUCUGUAAGUCAAAAAAGGGAUAUGAGAAGGCCGGAUCUACGCAACAGACGAGUCUGGAAGCGUCCAACGUCUCGACCGGUCCCCGUAUAUAUCGAGAAACUCGUCUCAGCAAUGGUAACGAAAAAGUCCAGCAGUCUCCGUAAAUAUACAGCGGAUUUUGUGGCAACCCCAUCGCAUCACAUCUUAUGAGGUCGUAAGUACUUGCUAAUCCAACUUUUUUUUCUCCAAAAUAAACUAUGUUAUGAUGAUUAUAUUGUAUCAUGUCCGACUGGAUCAUCGGUUGCAAUAACGACAGGGACGUUGACAAAAAACAUUUAUAUCGACCUCGCCUUCACGGCACAAGACUGCAACAAUAAUAACACCGUGGGGAAGGAAGGACAAUUCAUGGAAUCAGCUGAUUGUUGUGGUG